GUACACUGUAAGUCAUCUUCGGAUUGAAAAUCACUUUCCUUACCCCCUUGCAGUUAACAAUUUUCUCAUCAUGGUUGUACUCUAAAGAGCUUGUAAGUGUAUUAAUCUUGGAUUUAUGAUCACCCAUUAGUUUUCUUUUAUGCCCAUAGCUUUUUUAAAUUCGGGUUGAUUGUAUGAGGCGCACUUUUGUGUUCAAUGCUAAGGAAAACUCAUUAGCAUUAGCUGGUGUUACUCAUACAUAUGUGGUGCUCAAUUCUGCGGGUGAAUGGCAAUUGAAGUUCUAUGAAGCCAUAUAGAGCGACCUUAUUUCAAAACCUUGUUCUAAGAAACUCUCAAGCUCCAAAGCCGUCCUUGAAUAGUAAUCAUCUUAUUGAUGCUCACAUUGUCAAAACUGGCUUCAAUCCAAAUACAUGCCGCUCUAACUUCCAGGUCAACAGCUUUCUCGAGAGAGGAGAUCUUGUCCACGCACAUCAGGUAUUUGAUCAAAUGCCUGCCAAGAAUACGAUCUCUCUCAACAUGAUGAUUUCUGGUCACCUUAAGUUUGGUAAGUUAUCUAAAGCUAGAGAGUUGUUUGAUGGCAUGGUGGAACGUACGGCAGUGUCAUGGACUAUUUUGAUUGGUGGUUAUUUGCAAUCUAACCAAUCUAAAGAAGCGUUUAGGCUUUAUGCUGAUAUGAGAAGGGGAGGGCUAGAACCAGAUUAUGUGACUCUAGUGACUUUAUUAUCAGGCUUUGGUGAAUUGGAAACUAAGAAUGUGAUUGUUCAAAUUCAUACCCAAGUCAUUAAACUUGGAUAUGAGUACAAUCUCAUGGUUUGCAACUCGUUGGUUGAUGCCUAUUGCAAAACACAUUGCUUAUAUUUAGCUAGUCAGCUCUUCAAGCAUAUGUUAAACAAAGACACAGUAACCUUCAAUUCCUUAAUGACAGGUUACACAAAUGAGGGAUUGAGUGAAGAAGCAAUAAAGCUCUUUCUAGAACUGCACAAUAGUGGAAUAAAGCCUUCAGACUUCACGUUUGCGGCCCUUCUAUCUGCUGCUGUUGGUCUAGAUGACAUAAAGUUUGGACAACAGGUUCAUGGUUUUGUUCUCAAGACCAACUUCGUUAGGAAUGUGUUUGUGGGAAAUGCAUUACUAGAUUACUACUCAAAGCAGGACCAAGUGGAUGAGGUAAGGAAGCUUUUUUGUGAGAUGCCAGAGUUAGAUGGAAUAUCAUAUAAUGUAGUCAUCACAAGCUAUGCUUGGAAUGGGCAAUUCAAAGAAUCUUUUGAUCUUUUCAGGAAAUUACAGUUUACUAGAUUUGACCGGAAGCAAUUCCCUUUUGCAACACUAUUGAGCAUAGCUACAAGUAGUCUUAAUUUGAGAAUGGGUCGGCAAAUACAUUGUCAGGCAAUUACAGUUGGAGCAAAUUUUGAACCUCUGGUAGAAAAUGCUUUGGUUGACAUGUAUGGCAAAUGUGACAGAGAUGAGGAAGCUCAGAAGAUAUUUGAUAAUAUUGCUUUUAAAAGUACAGUGCCAUGGACUGCAAUGAUCUCGGCCUACGUUCAGAAGGGAAAGCAUGAAGAAGGAAUAAAUGUAUUCAGUGACAUGCGAAGAACUGGUGUCCCUGCUGAUCAAGCGACCUUUGCUAGUAUCUUAAGAGCAUGUGCAAAUCUGGCUUCAAUUUCUUUGGGAAGGCAACUGCAUUCAUUGCUAAUUCGAUCAGGAUAUAUGUCCAAUGUAUAUUCUGGGAGCGCGUUGCUAGAUACAUAUGCAAAAUGUGGUUGCAUGACAGAUGCCAUAAAAUCUUUCGGAGAGAUGCCUGAGAGGAAUUCUGUCUCGUGGAAUGCUUUAAUCUCAGCUUAUGCACAGAAUGGGAAUGUUGAAGGCACGCUCAAUUCGUUUCAGCAGAUGAUUCAGUCGGGCUAUAAGCCAGAUUCUGUUAGUUUUCUCAGCGUUUUGUCAGCUUGCAGUCACUGUGGUUUCGUCGAAGAAGCUCUUUGGCACUUCAACUCCAUGACUCAAAUUUAUGAAGUCACUCCUAAGAGAGAACACUAUACAUCAAUGGUUGAUGUAUUGUGUCGAAAUGGAAGAUUUGAUGAAGCUGAAAAGUUAAUGACUCAAAUGCCAUUUGAGCCUUCUGAGAUCAUGUGGUCCUCGGUAUUAAACUCAUGCAGAAUUCAUAAGAAUCAUGAAUUGGCCAAGAAAGCAGCAGAUCGGCUUUUUAAUAUGGAAGAUCUUCGAGAUGCUGCUCCUUAUAUCAACAUGUCUAAUAUUUAUGCGGUAGCUGGUCAGUGGGACAAUGUUGCAAAGGUCAAGAAGGCAAUGAGGGACCGGGGGGUUAGAAAGGUCCCAGCCUAUAGUUGGGUUGAGAUCAAACAUCAGACUCAUGUAUUCUCAGCAAAUGAUAAGUCCCAUCCCCAGAUGAAGAAGAUUUUGAGAAAGAUCGAUGCAUUAUCGAAGGAAAUGGAGAAGAAAGGAUAUAAGCCAGACACAACUUGUGCCCUUCACGAUGAGGAUGAGGUUAUUAAAAUUGAAUCUCUUAAAUACCACAGUGAACGCUUAGCUAUUGCAUUUGCUCUACUCAACACACCGGAUGGGUUGCCAAUCGUGGUAAUGAAAAACUUGAGAGCUUGUACAGACUGUCAUGCUGCAAUCAAGGUAAUCUCACAGAUUGUUGAAAGGGAAAUUAUUGUUAGAGAUUCAAGUAGGUUUCAUCAUUUUAAAGACGGCGUUUGCUCCUGUGGGGAUUAUUGGUGACCGUAAAAUCUUAUGAGCAGUAUAGACUAUCAUCACAACAAGCAAUGCAUGCAAUCAUUCUGUAGAGAUGAACUUGGUUGUCACGAACUUGGAAAUGUAUUAUAAAAGCUAUUGCGACCUUGGUGCAGAGUCGGUUGCGUACACAGGCUGAGUAUAUUAAAAUAAUACGAAUAUGAAAUGAAAAAGUGUCGUGUAAAACCUGAUUCUUGGGUCACAAUGGAAGAUCAAUUUCCUUUCUCCAUCCAUGAGGCGUGGUUCACUAUUAUGUUUUAGGAUUCCAUUAUUCUUAUAUUUGUAGUAUUUUAUACUUUCAAUAGUUUUAUUUGUGCCGUUGAUAUUA